GGCGAAGGAACUGCGAAGAUCAGUUCCCAGUACAGAGAUUGCCGCUUGCUUCGCUUCAUUCCAUUCCCCGCCUCUUUUGGACCUCUUUCCCGCUCUUCCCUAGCUUUGCAGCAAUGUUGGAAAACAAAACCGCUAUCCGGCGGCGAGUAACUUUACGGUAGUAGCUUGAAGAAAGGGAUGAUAUAGAUUAGACGGAGCGUGGGCGGGACUCGUGCAGAAAGAAGCGCGCGAGGGCAGAACGUUACUGAGGCAUGCGCGCGCGGAAGGAAAAAGUAAUGAGAGCAAUAGUAAUAGUUUAGGUAGGCGAUUGGGCGCGCGCGCGCAAGCGAACAAGAAAGAGGGAAGGGUGGAGCUGAAUGCCAGGGGGUGGGGCCAAUAUUACUCCAGAGCCCGGCUCUGGUGUGGAAGCCGCGGGUUCAUUUCCCGGGAGUUGUCGUAGAAGUAAUAAUACCACCAGCAGUGAGGUGGUGUUGCCGCCGCUGCUGCCAGGAGAGAAGAUGAGCCUUUCCCCGAAAGAGUUGUCAAGCCUUCUGAGCAUCGUGUCUGAGGAGGCCGGAGGCAACACCUUUGAGGGCCUCUCCACAGCCUUCCACCACUACUUCGGCAAGGCCGAGCACUUCCGCGUCGGCUCCGUCUUGGUGCUGCUCCUUCAGCAGCCUGACCUCCUGCCUACCCCUCCGCAGCGCCUCACCGCCCUCUACCUGCUGUGGGAGAUGUACCGCACCGAGCCCCUAGCUGCCAACCCCUUCGCCGCCAUCUUUGCCCACCUCCUCAACCCGGCGCCUCCCGAGCGCGCUGCCUCAAGCUCCGGGCCCGGCCCGGCUGGCGGUAGCGGCGGCGACGACAGCGAGAGGCCCCCGCUCUCAGGUUUUUUGCCUCCCAUAACCCCACCAGAGAAAUUCUUUCUAUCCCAGCUGAUGUUGGCCCCACCUAGAGAGCUUUUCAAAAAGACUCCAAGACAGAUUGCAUCGAUGGAUGUAGGAAAUAUGGGCCAGUCUGUAGAUAUAAGUGGUCUUCAACUGGCCUUGGCAGAACGUCAGUCUGAACUUCCAACACAGAGUAAAGCUAGCUUCCCCAGCAUACUCAGUGACCCUGAUCCAGAUUCUUCAAAUUCUGGUUUUGACAGCUCUGUCGCCUCCCAGAUCACUGAAGCUCUAGUGAGUGGGCCAAAACCACCUAUUGAAAGUCAUUUUCGGCCAGAAUUUAUACGGCCACCACCUCCGCUCCAUAUUUGUGAGGAUGAGCUAGCUUGGUUAAACCCAAUAGAGCCAGAUCAUGCCGUUCAAUGGGACAAAUCAAUGUGUGUGAAAAACAGUGCUGGAGUGGAAAUCAAACGAAUCAUGGCCAAGGCUUUCAAAAGUCCUUUGUCAUCAGUGCAGCAAACACAGCUCCUUGGAGAAUUGGAGAAAGACCCCAAGCUUGUUUACCAUAUUGGUCUCACUCCUGCCAAAUUACCUGAUUUGGUGGAAAAUAAUCCUUUAGUUGCUAUAGAAAUGCUGCUUAAACUUAUGCAGUCAAGUCAGAUAACGGAAUAUUUUUCGGUCUUGGUCAACAUGGACAUGUCUCUGCAUUCAAUGGAAGUUGUAAAUCGGCUUACUACAGCAGUUGAUCUUCCUCCAGAAUUCAUUCACCUUUAUAUCUCCAAUUGUAUAUCUACUUGUGAACAAAUUAAGGACAAGUAUAUGCAGAACCGGCUGGUACGCCUUGUGUGUGUCUUUCUACAAUCCUUGAUUCGGAACAAAAUCAUUAAUGUACAGGACUUAUUUAUAGAAGUACAAGCAUUUUGUAUUGAAUUCAGUCGGAUAAGAGAAGCAGCUGGCCUUUUUCGAUUGCUGAAGACGCUUGACACUGGUGAAAAUCCUUCAGAGACAAAGACCUCAAAAUAAGACUUGAUUUGGAAGAAUUCUUUUUAUGGGAUUAGGAUUCUGUAUGUUUUUUGUAUAGUUGUCCAUUUGCUUGCAAUUAAGAUGCUAUUUGUGCUGUAUUAAAUAUUGCUUUUAUUGCUGGAGAAGUUUGAACCCACA